AUGGCUUCUGCGUCGCUACAUGGCGACCGCAGCCAAGUGGUUUCUCGCGGAAAGAAACCUCCUUCUCCGCUUGUGCAAGGAAGUAAAACACCAACACCAAGAAGCACUGAUACCAAGAAACGUCUGAACAGUUCUGAUGGUAGCUCAAAACGAUUCGUUCCCGCGGCAAAGGUUCCAACACCAGCUUGCAAGUCCGCAACGAGACAUCGUCCUUCAGAUGUCUUGAAUCCAAAGACUGUGGAUCCGGUAGGGAAAUAUUCCUUAGAAUUACCUCUUUAAACAAAGAAGCUUAGAUAAUGAUUCUUCCUUCAUUCAAUCCUGCAGUUUUUUUUUAUAUCGUGGUAUGGAUUUAGUUUAGCUCAAACCGAUAUAAAUAAUUAAUUUUUUUACGAUGUUGACAGCUCAAGGCCAAGGCCUUAUUACAGUAAACAAAUGUAACCUGAAUUCAUCUCCUUGGUUUAAGUUUAAUGACAAGACGCCAAAGUCUUCUUUUGCUGCUAGUUAUACAAACGGCGGAGUACCGUGCAGGUGAGUCGUGUUCGUUUAAAGGAAUUUUCCUUGCACAACCUUUCAAUAUAUCAUUGCAAACAUAAAUAUAAAUGGUUACAUCUACAUGUAGUUAGGCUUUAGUUAAACACGCAUUCAGACUUUGUGGCAAAUCUGUUCACUUACUGCAUACACUGUACGUAUAUGUAUUCAUUUAAAAAGCAUAAAAACUUAACAAGAGAAUCCUUUCAUCGCCCUGCUGUUGUGACUCAUAUAAUUGUAAUUUACUCUUUCAUUAGCGUCUGAUUGAAAGACUGAUAUACAUGUGGGACAGUUAACUGAAGUCUGUGAUCACAUGCAUUUUAAAGUUAAAAAUACCCAUAUUAUCUUGGCUUGGUAUUAGAGAGAAUGCUUAUUAUUUGAAGGGCCAGUGCUAUUUGUAGUCUUUGAAAUAUUUACUUGUACUUAUUAAUACCAAAUUGUACUUGUAAUCAUGUUAUUAAAAUUCCUUAUGAAUAAUUCCCCUAAAUUUCACGAGAAAUCAUGUUAUUAUUUAUAAGUAAUUUACAAGACAAAGCAUCACAGAAAGGCAAGACAGAUAGAAUUUCAACAGGGUGUGUGUGCUAUUUGUAAUUUGUACUUGUGCUAUAAUUUUGCACUUGUGUUACAUGAAAAAUGCACUCAUUUUCAACCUAAGGGAAAUGCAUAAUUUUUCAUAUAUGUUAUUAGCACAUUGAAAGCAUUUGACUUCUAAUAUUGUUUGUUGGAUCCUGAGCAGUGUGAUGUUCAAACAAAACCAAAGGUUUUCUAUCAAUUUUGAAAUAGAUAGACAAUGCUGAAAACUAUGCAGUGUUGGCUUUUGGCAUUAUAUAAAUAGCUGAAUUAUGCCUGCUUUUUUUUGGGUUGUUACUUAUGAUCUUUCAGAGGUUAGAUAUAAAAAUAAUGUCAUCAUUGACAGUAUCUUACUUCCUUAUUAAUAUAUAAAACAAAUAGAUUUAAUUUUGCUGUGGGUCUGUUCAGCAGUAGAUCACAGAAGACAUAAAGAACAUCAGUGAUAUACUCAGCUGCACCUCCUGUGCCACUUUUUUUGUGCUUACCGCAUUUUACUGUAUCUAUUACAGAAAAAAAUGCAUGGCAACACAGAGUCUAUUUUUAAUCAGAAUUGAUCUUAUGUCCUCUUAGCUGCAUCUUGGAUUAAUAAUUUAACCAGACAGAAAACCCUGAGCAGUAAAUACUGAAGCUAACCUGCUUGAAGCACUCUUAAACAAACCUGUAGAUGUAGGAGUAAGUGGCAGUAUGUGCAUGUAAGGCUAGGCAGAGGAGAUGGAAAGUCAUCAAUGUUAGCAUUGUGUGCAAAUGAAUCGCAACUUUUUUAUGGCUUUCUCUUUACUAUCUCUGUACUUGUAGACAAGACUGUGAUAUUUUUCUUACUCAGUUAAACUUCAUUAAGGUGCUACAAAAGAGACCACAACUAUGGAGUUUAUUAAUUUAAGGUGGGAUGGGUACAAUGUAAUCAAACAAUUUUCUUAGUGAGUGUGUAAUGUUUGGGCCAACACAACAAGCUAUUGUGAUCUUGAGUUGACUUGCUCACAAUUGUUUUCAAAGGUUGGUUCAUGGCUCUGUGAAACACAAACUUCAGUGGAGUACUUCUCCUGAUAACCUGCCAUUUGAUCCUGUGUUAAUUACAUUAGCAGAGGUGAGUGACAGCAAUAUUGUACUAUUUUAGGCUCAAAAGACUUGCGAGGAAGUUACAGGAGAGAGAUCAGAAAAUUUUAGUUUUAGAUUUUUUAGUAUUAGACAAAUAUGAAUUGUUUCACACCAGUAUGCUACAGAAUAUUUUUUUUAGAUGUGUACUCUUACAAUUAAUGUCAAAGCCUAAAGAUACAAUGCAAGGUUUUCUUUGAAAAUGUAAUAACAGGUUGUACAGUGUACAUGUGAUCUAGUGAUUCAUUAAACCCUUUGUAAAACACAACUAUUAGUCUUCCUUUCAUUCAGUUGAACCUGGUUUGAUUAAACAUGUUUUGCUGGUGACUGAAUGGGACACAAAUUAUACUUGUAUCUCAGUAUUUCUUUUAGUGGACUUAGGUGGUGGUUGAUGUCAAUAGGUAGUGAUCUUAUGUGUUAACCAGGCUAAAAAAUUUUGUUUUUGUAGGGUCUCAGAGAGACAAAACAUCCUUAUACUUUUGUUGCACGUGAAGGAUUCAGAGAAAUGCUUGAAAUUGAUGAUGCUACAUCUCGAACAUUACCAAUUCUACCAAAACUAAUUGUACCUCUUAGAACUGCACUGGUAAGUUUAUUUGAAAACUCUUCAAGAUUAAUAGUCACUUGUGCACUCUUUGAUAGAGAAAGCUGAGAAGGUUGCUCAUGUUUAACCAUUAAUUGUCAUCUUCUAGAAUAAUUUUCUUAUUUGAAAAAAGAUGAAAAUAAAAAACAUGAUUAUAUCAUGCACCCAACAGGCUACCUUGUUUAAUUUUUACAGUGCAACUUGAAUGUGAAGUGAAAACCUGUAAUUAGCUACAUUGUACUUGAUCAUUUUCACAUGAUGUCACAAACAUUAUGAUAGCCAUGUUGGCUACCAAAACAAAAGAAUAAUGGUCACAUUUUUGUCCAGGUCAGUCCUGUUAAACUCUCUUCAGAUGAAAUCAGUUUCUUUUGUUCCAAUAAAUUUACACAUGAUUGAAAUCUUCUUAAUUUAUGAAAUUAUCUUAAUUCUGGUAAAAGUCAAGUCCUUGCCUCUAGCAAUACAUGUAAACAUCAAAACAAAUGACUUGACUUUUGUUUUUCUAUCUAGGCUUCAAGUGACACGCAAGUUUUUCACAGUUCUUUGGAAGCUCUGGUGCAGCUCAGUUCAGUUGUUGGUUCUGCCCUCAACCCUCAUUUGAAGGCUCUUUUGCCACAGGUACACAACUACUGUAAUAUUCUAUUUCUAUUCUACCCCAAACCAACCACUCAGAGUUCUUAGGUGUAGGGUGUAUGUUGUGUUCCAGAGAGGGUAUUUCUAUCACUUGCCUUUUGAGAGGUCUUGAAGGGGAGGGGGGUUGGUCAUUGCUUAGCAAAGAUCAAGCUUACAUUUAAUUCUCUGACCCCCACUCUGUACAUGUAAGUCCAGACUACUACUCUUUUUUUUAUCCUACUAUUGAUUAUCAUCUGAGUGCUAUCAAUCAACUCUGCUUGAGCAUAAUUAACCCUUUACACCCUAACAGCAGUAGACAUUAUUCCCCUAUUCUCCAUACUGUUCUCAAUACAUUUCCUAAGGUGCUGACAAGGAGAAUUUGUUUAACAAUCUAGAGCUUCUAUCAUUGGUGAUCAUUUCCUUUUUCCUUGUGACCCUUAUGUGUGAUUUAGGGGUGAUAUUGUUAGGAGAAAUUAGAUGCUGGUCACCCUUAAGUGUUAAAGGGUUAAACUGUGAAAUAGUUACCAGGUUUCCUCACCUUUUCUGUACCUCAUUGUUUCUUAGACAAUGUAACACAUACAGAAGCUUUAGCUUGAAAAGCCUACCCCAUUAAUCAAAGAAUCCCUGUGUAGUUUGCUAAUUAGUCCAUUAUGCACUGUUCAUGUAGGCUGUGAAUUUGAUUUUUAUUUUAAAGUCUACUUCACACAGUGUUUAUUUUAUUAUUUUUUUUGCUGCUUUGCACAAGUACAAGUCAGUACAAAUACAUAUGCGUUUGAAAGGAAAAAGUUUGAAAGAAACAGUUCUCUAGAGCAUUAUUACAAGACCCUCAUUGGGAAAACAAAACAACAGCUGAGGAGGUCUAUAAAUUUAAUGCUAAUGCUAUUGCUAAUGUUUUAAAUUAUUGUUUCAGGUGUCAAAACGUUUUAUGGACAAAACUCAAAAAGAAAUAAUCCUGCAUGCACUGCAGAGACUUGAACAGAACUUGGGAAAGGUAUGUAGCAGUAACGUGUUUUAUUUUUUUGCCAUUUAUCAUCAAGCCCUAAUGAAAUGAACACCUUUUAGAUUUUGUGAUGAAAAACAAAGUUUAUCGUCUCCUCUGUGAUGAGGUUUUUUUUGUCUUCAAUUUUUCUGGCUGACAAGGUAAGAUUUUCUCUGCAACUGUAAUUCAGAAAGUUAAGACCUACUGUCUAUUAAUUAUUGUAUUUUCUCUGUAGGAAAGUGUUCCAAUCAUCAAGUCAAAGAUACCAACAUAUCAGUCGGUUUGUCUAUAGCACUGGAUUGACAAAGCAUUGAUAAUUAAAAAUGAUAUUAUUUAGUAGAUUACAGAUAAUAAAAUAAUAUGUAUUGAUAUUUUUGUAACCACAGAAUGUUGUAUGUCCCUGCUUCACAGAACUAGGUCUUGCUUUUAUUUAUUACUUUUGAGUGAUUAAAUAAUGAUUUUGAUUAUCAAGAUUGAAACUGGGGUUGUCUGUGACAGCAACUGGUAAAUUAUCAGCCUUUGUCAUUAACAUUUACCUUUGGCUGUUGUAAAUAAUUGAAUGUAAUAUUUAUUAAAUGUGUUCUCAAUCUGAUGCCUGUUGUGCCCUGAACUGUGACCCUGGAUCCAUAGGGUCACUUUUAGCAAAGUUUCAUGUUAUGGACUCAUUACUUCAUCAUAAUUUUCCCAUCUUGCUACAUGACAUGACUUUUCAAAUUAGUUCCAAGAGUUUGGUGUUAGGUUGAGACACAAGUUUGACAAGUUUGUCAGUUCUUAUCAAUGUUGGUUGGAUAAUGUAUUGAAAAAUUAUAGAGAGGAGAGGAAAUAUAUGUAUGUUAAUCACCUCAGGGAAGCAAGAAGUUAAAAAUGAAACAACAGCCCUAGUGCAUAUGGCAGAUUAACUUUUUCAUGAUUGGUCAAGUCAUGCCUGGAAGAGUAAAAUAUUUUUUUAUCAACAAUGGCUGAAACAUGAUAUUUUUUCAAAAUUAUUACAAUUAUAAUUUUACAUUUUUUGGAAAAGAAGUUAUAAUGUUAAAGGACCCUAGACUUAAGGUUUUGCUCAUAGGUUGUAAACAAGGUUUAUGCAUAAAAGAAUGCUUACAAAUGUUCUAUGUACUGCUCUUGCGGUCACCAACUGAAGGAAAUUACAUGUGAUGUCUGUUUCAAAAACUAACUUUUUUUUCUUAAUUAGGUUAAUAUGUUUUACUAAUUUUAAUGUAAUAUCAAUAGUUAGUCGGAGUGCAUAGGAUUUACAAAAAUCAUCACAAAGUUUUUUUUGCGCAUAGGCAAAUGGCUACUUAAGAAAAACAUAGUGUAGUUGCUCAAAGAUUUCUUUUGAUUUCUAUCAUUGUAAAUACCCUAGUUUAACCACUUUAUAAAUGUGUGUAUAAAAGUGGAUAUGAGUGCUUGAUAGGUGUGUAAAAUUGGUGGAAGUAUUACAUGAGUUUAAAAGAUUCGGCUUGGC